GAUGAGGUUACUGUGCUGAUCAGCAAAGGUUGCCCCCAGGAACCAACGGCUGUGAUUGAUGGGUUUUGACCAGGGACGGUCCCACCUUGGUGGUAAAGUCUCCUUCUUUUGGCCACAGACCUUGCCAAAUAAAUUGACAUGGUCGACCUCCGUUCUGUUCUUUCAUUCCAACCCUUCUUGUGUCUGUGCCCGAGAGAAGGAGCAUCUGGGCAAAUUCUAGCUUGCUUUGACUGGUAUUUGAUCUUGAUAUUUGAGGCCUUGAAAAUGGAUCCCAACAAUAGGCUUUCUGGUAAUGAACUACGAAACAGCAUACCCAAUCAAACGGCUUUUAGCCAUUUUAAUACCCAGCAUCCACAAAAGUGGGAAGAUCCAUCCCUCAUAGAUUACAGCACAAGGAUUGAACCACCUUUCCAGGGAUUCAAUCAAGUUAAGAUCAGUCAAGAUGGUCUGGGUAAUGAGAUGCGGUCAACCUAUAAAAUCCAAGAUUGGGAUCCAAGUGCAAUGCUAAAUAAUCUCUCUUUCCUGGAGCAAAAGAUCCAUCAACUUCAAGAGUUGGUGCAUUUGAUUGUUGGCCGGAGGAUGCAAGUUUUGGGGCGACCAGAUGAGUUUGUAACUCAGCAGCAGCAGCUUCUUAAUGCUGACUUAACUUCAAUUAUUGUUCAAUUGAUCUCCACUGCAGGUAGUCUUCUUCCAUCUGUUAAGAGUACUCUCCCUGCAGCUCCUCCAUCUGUUGGACAGUUUGGGCAGCUAGGAGGAGCCGUAUUUCCUUUACCAGGCCUGAAUGGUGGGGUUCAGCUGCAAAAUACCAAUGGAAGCAAAGUCCCAGAUCAGCCAAACCAGAGUGAUAUUAGUGCCAACUGUGUGACCGAACAGAACCUUAACAUUGAAGAACAUGAUUUGAAAGAGGAGGAAGAUGCUGAUGAAGGGGAGAACCUACCACCAGGUACCUAUGAGAUCUUACAGCCAGAAAAGGAAGAAAUACUUGCACCACACACCCACUUCUGUACAAUAUGUGGAAAGGGAUUCAAAAGAGACGCAAAUUUACGGAUGCACAUGAGAGGUCAUGGUGAUGAGUACAAAACACCAGCAGCACUGGCAAAGCCCCACAAAGAACCUAGCUCUGAACCAACACUUAUUAAGAGGUAUUCCUGCCCUUAUUCUGGUUGCAAGCGAAACAAGGACCAUAAGAAGUUUCAGCCUUUGAAGACCAUUUUAUGUGUCAAAAACCAUUACAAGAGAACCCACUGUGACAAGAGCUACACUUGCAGCAGAUGCAACACCAAAAGGUUCUCAGUGAUUGCUGAUCUCAAAACUCAUGAGAAGCACUGUGGCAAGGAUAAAUGGCUUUGUUCCUGUGGCACAACAUUCUCUAGGAAAGAUAAGUUGUUUGGACAUAUUACUCUUUUCCAAGGUCACACUCCUGCCAUCUCUGUAGAAGAAAGUAAAGCACUAGUUGGGCCAUCUGAUCAGAAAGAAGGCAAUCAAGGGACAAAUAAGGCCGGAAGUAUGAAUUUCAACUUUCCCCCCAAUGCUACUAGUGACAGUGGCAUUCAAAGUAUCAUGGAUGUCAAAGGGAACACUGAUGAUCCUGCUGGUAUUUUCUCCCCGCUGAACUUUGACAACUUUGGUGGGUUUGGUGAGUUCCCUCGACCACCAUUUGAUGAUUCGGAGAGUUCAUUUGCAUUCCUUCUCUCAGGAUCUUAUAAUUAUAGCCAGAAAAAUGAAGCAGAUGACAACUCCAACAAUCUUGCAUAAAUUCCUGGUCCUUUUUUAUUAAGGGUUCAAGUAUUUCAGUUUGCGUAUCAUUUACAUCUUAAUGUGUGACUUUAUGUUAAUUCCUUGAAUAAAUACUUUCUUCAUCAUUUAGUUUUUUUAGCUUAGAUAUACCACGUGGAUUUUACAAAGAACUGCAAUGGAUGGAGUUUUACAAACAUAAAUUUAAUCAAACAAUGUUAUUAAG